CAAAUACUAACCAAUCUGUUGACAUGCUUGACUGACUGAUAUAGUUUCUCUAUUAACUUAUUUUUUUAAAUACGUAUGGACCGUAUGCGAAACUGCGCUUGUUGGCUGUAUUAGCAAUCUUGGAAAGCAGACGCGGGAAGGCAAGGGAAGCGCGUCGGUGUUGUAUUUCUCACCGGCGCACUAAAGAUGUCUGUGUUUUGUUAUGCAGGUAGUCUUCCUUCCUUGCGGACAGUGUAGUCGUCGUGACCACAAGAUCUACCCGCAUGGCCCGAUUUGCUGAACCGCCGGUUAAGGCCUCUCGACCUGGGCGGUCACAACCGGCUUCUCGGAGGAGUGCCCAAGGCCUGUUGCAGUAUCUAACCAAUCGCCAGGUGUGGGGGGACCAGCGACGGCAGCCCCCUCUGGCUUCCCAGCGCUUCCUCCUAUCGCAGCUGGUUCCCGAGGAUGUGCUGCGCAGUGGGACCGUGUUCUUGGGCUUCCUGGCGGGGGGACAGUGGCUGCUCUCUUAUGUGGCCGAGCCCGAUCGAAUACGGGAACUCCCUCCUAUGUGCUCCUACCGGCUGCAGUGGUGGUACUUUGUUCCUGGCAGACCGUUGCGCCUGGUGCGUGAUACGCUGCUGUUUGGCGGUCACCCCCUGGAAACCCAGCUGAUGCUCAGUGUGACCCAGUGGUCGUGCGAUCCCACUUGCAUCCUUGUGGCCGGGUGCUCCAGGAUGGACGAGGAGUUGUGGCACGUGACUCUGGUGAGCAUGCCUGGGGUCAAGGGUGGCGAGGUGCUGCACGCCUGCUACCAGUGCUCGUCGGGGGGCUCGGGCAAUCCACGGCUGCUGGGCAGGGGCCACCUGUUGCUCCCCAUGGGCCAGGAGCUGGUGCUGCUCAAAACACACCAGAAUGGGAGCCUGGCAAGGAGCAUCUGCUGUCCAAGUGCCGGCUGGUCCUCCACCGGGCUGCAGCGACAGGCUGAACUGGGCUCGGCUUUGCUCUUCCUCAGCGUGGUCCCACCUCCACAGCAUGCCACGGUGCUGGACAUGGAGCUGGUGGCCGACACCCUGGCCAAGGAGUUGUGUGCUGAGCACAACCUUGCCUAUGAGGGACUGCUGGACUACGACGCGUGCGCAGUGGCAGGGGCGUCCAACGGGGCGCAGGCUACCGUGCUUCUGGCCUUUCUGCUGGAAGCCUCGAGACGCCCCGUGCUCACUGGGAUCCCUGCUUUCCCUGGUAGCGGGGAGGGUUCCUAUUACGCCUCCACCGUGCUACUCGACUGGGACCUGGAGACCGGGCUUCACCGUGUGGCAGAUAAAGGCAGCCUUGGCGAACCCGGUAGCAAUUCUUCCACAAGUUUCCCACGGAAAUCAAGCACGUUUGCCAUAUUUUCACUGUGCAACGCUAGGCUCCAGAUGCGUACGGAAUGGCUGCCAUCCUCUUCGUCACGGCCACUGGGUGCCCAGUGCUGGAUGACCAAUGACCCCGUCUGGCGAGGGCGACCCCUGACUCUACUACGGUCUGGGCCUUGGAGCAUUGCCCUCCCCGAGGACGGCAGAAAGACUUGGUGAUUGGAGCAUGCCAAGUGCCCUGGCCUCGAAUAAAAGUGUGGUAAAGGAGCAUCGUGGGAUGCGGCCUGUUGUGCCAGUGGUGCCCAAGAGACAUUGUGACCAUUGUGCUUGUGUGCCCAACUAGCAAGGACAGCACUCGUUGGUGCAACAAUGCGAACACAAGUAGCCAGAGGCCGAUGUUCUUCAUUUGCGACUCAUCCCAAGUGUGUGUGUCAUGUUUGUAGCCAGUUUCUUUUGGUUCAGUUCCUUAUGUUGAGUGACACCAGAAUUCGGGGUCUCCGUUACAACAGCUGCUCACAUUGAGUGGUAAGAGUGCGGAGCAAACGAAAUGUGAUCAUUUGAGCAUGCGGACUUGCGUGCAUUUACUGCCCUAUUAUGGUGUGCUAGGCAGCUUGUUGCUUGGGGGCUAGAAGUACUGGCUCCUAUUAAUAAUCAUUUCGAAAUUAUCAGAAGUCAUGUGUACAAGUUCCAACCAUUUCAUCUGGGUAUUGUCCAGAGCCAACACGCCUUGUUUUGCUGCAAGAUAUGCAACAAUGGGUUCAGCACAAAAUUAUCACAUUUCAUUUGUUGAUGACUGUUCAUGACUUUUGACUGUUCAUGCCUUUUUAAGUUAUGCAUUAAAUGCUCAAUUAUUUGGGCUCACCAUCUGG